AUGUCGCACAGGAGCAUUAUCGAUAAUAUGCUGGCUCUGGACUGCGGAACUGUCAUAGUGCUUGCUUUAGGGCUACUUAUCAGCUUCUUGGCUGCCAUUGCUAUCUACCGACUGUCCCUCCAUCCAUACGCAAAAUAUCCAGGACCUUUUCUGGCCAAACUGACCAGCUGGUACUCGGUAUAUCACGCCUUUGUUCGUGAUUUACACACAGAUAUAUGGGACUGCCACCAAAAAUAUGGUCCUGUUGUACGGUAUGCACCAAAUCGAAUCCUGGUAAACACGAAAGCUGGGCUAAGAUUCCUGAUAACGGCGUUGGUCGCAGCAAUUUACGGACAUGGCAGCAAUACGCGCAAGUCCAAGGCCUAUCUUCGCAUCUCUCUGGUCCCGGGUGUUCAUGCGACCCUUGGAACCAUCGAUGACUGGGAGCAUGGAAAGCUCCGGCGCAUUCUUAACCAAAGCUUAUCGGAAGGUCAAAUACGUGGAAUGGAUAACGAGCUGAGUGCGGCGGCGCGACUAUUUGCCGAACGACUCGGAGCGAGGUCUGACCCGUUCGGGGGUAGUAAUCCUACCCCUGCAAUGGGCGAGGACCAAGGCUGGACUGCUCCAAAAAACCUGGCCCAUUGGUGCGACUACUUCACCUUUGAUGUGAUGUCACAGCUGGUUUUUGGCACGUUGUACGGCCUUUUGACCUCAAGCGACAAUCACUGGAUCAUAGGAGGCGUCCUAAGCCAGGUUCGCCGCGUCGGGUUUUGCAUGCAGCUCCCAGAGAUCGAGGAUUUGGGCUUGCACAAGCUCCUUUACCCUACCACGAGGCCCAAAGCGCUACGCUUUUCGCAAACAAGCCGCGAAAUUAUGGAAUAA